AUGGAGCGCACUCAGGUAAUUAAAGAAAUGCUUGGAAUUUCCCAAAAUCACGAGUCAAUCGACACAAAAGUCCACAAAGUUGACGAAGAAACACCAUUCCACGAAAUUUUGUCCCAAAAUCUGCACAAGCUUCAAGGCGAAAACAUAAUAGAAAAUGCUGUUGGGGCUAUUCAGUCUAAUUCUCAGCUUACAGCUUUUACAAGGGAUAAUCAAUUAUUUUUAUUAAAAGACAGAAAUAAAGAAAAAGAGGAAUCCCCUUGUAAGACCCAUUCAUCAACAAUUAUCUCAAUGUCUUUAUCAAUCUCCAAUAAGCUUGCAUCAUUAAGCAGUACUUUCGAACUGUUUAUAGGAGUAGUUUCAGAUGGUGAGUAUUCUUUUUUACAGAGUUUUGAAGGUCUUGAAUAUCAGCCUAAGAGGAUAAUCUGGGAUCCUCUAGAUGAUAAUAUGCUGUACCUUAUUUCAGAAAGAAAUAUCUAUACUUUUGAGACUCUGUCAGGAGAAAUAAAGGUUUUGUAUUCUACAGAGGAAGAAAUUGCUGGAUUUCAUAUAAAUCCAAGUGGUAGGAAUUACACAGCUCUCCUUUCUUCGAAAAAAGCAAUUUUAGUGUCUUUUGAUGGCUAUACAGAAAUUCCAUAUGAAAAUAUUGAUGAAAUCUGCUAUAGUAGUAUACGAUGAAUUAACCAGGAUUAUUUUUGGUUAGUCAGGCUCCAGCUACCUUGCCAAAUUAUUUUGCAAAUAAAACCUUGAUUUAGCCACCAAAAAUAGCUUCUUAAUGACUAUUCCUCUAAAAUAUGUAUAUAUAUUAAAAACUGAGAGCUUGGCUAUUUAUUGUCUUCAAGAAAAUAAGCUUCAUAUCUGGAAUAUUUCACAGCAAAGAGAACUCUGCUCAGCACACUGCACACUAUCAGACCCAAUUCUCAAGCACUGUGAGGAUUCUGACCAAAUAUUCGCAUUCAGCCAAAAACGGCAAAAAUUGAUUAUUUUUACUUUUGACGAAGAAGAUAAUAUAGUAUCCAGCCUCCAAAUUAGACUGCAAAAUUCUUUCCAAGACAUCAAUAUUGUCUUCCACUAUAAUACAAUUGCAGGCCAGCCUCCAGCUAAAGGAAACAGUCGAAUAGAAAUUAUUACUUUAGGGGAUGAUAAAGUUACUAGCUAUAUAAUUUGGUCAGAACAGUCAAAAAAAAUUGGGGAAAAAUACAUUCUAUUUUCAGACAAUAUUGAGGAAAAUAAAGAAGAUCAAAAUUUUCAUACCCCUGUGAAAUAUGUAAAAAGUGAAGAAAUUAAAUGGGCAAGAAAACAGAUGCUGGAAAAUCAAUAUGAAGUAAAAUUUAUAGAAAAAGCUAAUAAAAAUGACGAAAGUAAGGCUAAGAUUGACAAUAAGAAAAAACUUGAAAUCUGCCAGGUAAUAAGUUUUGAUAUACUUCCUUCAAAACCUAUAGAAAAUUUCUGUUGAGAAGUAAAAAGCUCUGGGGUUAUGACAGAAAUCAAUUCUCAGCAGCUUUCAGAAAGCCUAGAAAAAAACUAUCAGUCAAUGCUUAAAAAUAUGCAUGAAUUAGUCUCAGAAAGCCGCAUAAAAAGCAUAAUUUCUUCUGCAGUCGAUGCAAGUAUCCCUAAACUUAUAGAAAAUUACAUAAUGAGAGUUGUUACCAAAGUUAUGGAAGAAAUUACCCCACUUGCAACAGAGCUAAUCAAACAAGAAAUGGCAGCAAUUCGGCAAUAUGCGGAAAACUCUUUUAUUGAAAUAAUAGAAGAAUUAAUAUUAAGAUUAAGUUUAGCUUUUGUCCUUGACAGGGCUGGGAUUUCCAUCCCUAUAUACUCAUCGUUCCUGAGGGUCCCCGCAGGUACCCUUCCUCGAUUCGCACGACCGAUCUUGAGUUCCAUGAUUCCUGAAGCCUAUGAGGCCACCACCUGGGUUGAAACUCCCGGUUUCUCUUUAGGCAGACGUCACCUCUUGAGCCCUGCUCGAGGGAUUUAUCGUCCACUCGGGGUUUUGCUGGUUCUGCCCUUUCCAAUGAUGGCCUUGAGGGCAAAAACUCAAAGUACCAGGAUUAGCUGCCUAGGGCCCGAGAAAAGCCUAACACGACAUAUGCAAGGAUCACUUUUCUCUUUCUGUCCUUUCCAUUCACACUGGGCUGUUGCCUGCUGUUGUUGAAAGAAAAAGGUUCUGGUCUGUCGUCACCAUUUUCAAGCGAGUAAAUGCAAGCCCUUAUGAUUGAAGAGAAUAUGGGUUUAAAGACCCAACAGCAAAUUAACUAAAUCACAUAAUCGAAGAGCAAAGGACCCAUGAAAUGAAGCUGCAAUCCAUAGAAAAGCAUCUCUAUGAAGAAUACAAAAAAAGAGAAAAAAAUUUUAAAGAAAAAAAAAUAAUCAAAAAUAUUCCAAAGUAUGAGGAAGAAUUUGAGAAAAAAAAUUACGAAAGAGGCAUAAUUGAGCUGCUGGCGACCAAAGAUCUGCAAUUAAUUUCUAGCAAGCUUGCAACACUAAAUCCUGAAGUAGUUUUCAGCACCCCGCUUGCAUAUGAUACUUAUUUUGACUUGUGCUUUGUGUUGAUUGAUUUAAUGAAAGCUGGAAAAUUUGAGUGCAGCAAUUUAAUGGAAAAACUAUGCCAAAUAAUUCCUCUAAAUGGUACACAAAGACGAAAGCAGCUUUUCAGAGUAUUUCUUGACCGAAAUAACCAUUUAGAAAGAUUUGAAGAAAUCAUCCAUAAUCGAAUGCUAUAA